CCUCUCGGACCCUACCAUAUCGCAAAUGUGGUUCACGCGGCAGGUAUUUCGCUGCUUCAAAUGCGUGGAAAGAUCAGCAGAAAGGCUUACUGGCGCGUCGAUGUUAUCGCACCAACUCUGCGUUUUAGGUUGUUGUCGACGCCCAUAUGUGCCCUUCUUGCCCUGAACACUGUUGCGAAUUAUUAUUGGGCAAUCACAAUACCGCCCGGGUUCGCGGACGAAGAUUUUAGCAUUACGGGUCAAAGAAGGCACCCUCAGCAAACUCGCAGAGUAGGAAAGUGCAUGAAAUGUGGAAGUGUCAAGCCUGAG